CCUACCGUAACAAGCAAGAGCGCCCACAUCUCCAGCUUCGACCGAUCAAGGACCAAAAAUGCGGCUUAACCAUAGACUGCUUUCCGAUUGGACCAUGAGUAGAUUUCUGCGAGUGGAAAGGACAGGAGAGGAGAAUGUGGAGAGGGACAGCAUGCGAUUCAUUUGCCGAAAGCGAAGUAAGUGGGAAAUAGGCGGAAACAUACGAGCAUUGAAGGGGAAAGUUAUGCAGGUUGGCGGCCGUCAAACCACUCGAGGUGCUUGUUCCUGACGUACCUGAUAUAUUGACUCGGCAUCAUGAGGGUGACGGAAAUGUAUAAAUUGACUUUUGUCGCCAUCAGUACUUGUAGAACCAUCCAUCAUCUUGCUUCAGCAUCUAAGUCCCCCUCCAUCGAUUCUCAUUCCGUGACCAUUCCGUGACCGACUUUCAUCCCAGAAUCAUUUGAUUUCACCACAUCGUUUUCAUUCCAACACCAGCAGCAAACAUGUCCGAUUUCUUCAAGCCGGCUCCUGAGCCGCCCACAGAGCUGGGUCGGUACAGAGUGCUCUCUAGCACAGCCGGCGUCAGAGUCUCUCCUUUGUGUCUCGGUGCGAUGUCCAUUGGUGAUGCCUGGUCUGGGUUCAUGGGCAGUAUGAGCAAGGAACAAUCAUUCAAACUCCUGGACGCUUUCUACGAAGCUGGCGGGAAUUUCAUUGACACUGCGAACAACUACCAAAACGAGCAAUCAGAGAAAUGGAUUGGCGAAUGGAUGACAACAAAAAAGAAUCGAGAUUUGAUGGUCAUUGCUACCAAGUACACGACAGCUUACCGCACCUACGAAUUAGGAGCAGGUAAGACGGUCAACUACUCCGGCAACCACAAGAAGAGUCUGCACCUCUCUGUCAACGAUUCAUUGAAGAAGCUCCAAACUGAUUACAUCGACCUUUUGUAUGUGCACUGGUGGGACUGGACGACCUCAAUCGAGGAAAUCAUGGACAGCUUGCACAUUUUAGUUGAACAAGGCAAGGUCCUAUACCUCGGAAUCUCCGACACACCGGCCUGGAUUGUUUCUGCCGCCAACACCUACGCGCGAAGCCACGGCAAGACACCCUUUAGCGUCUACCAAGGCCGUUGGAACAUCAUGCUCCGCGACUUCGAGCGCGACAUCAUCCCGAUGGCACGACACUUCGGCAUGGCCCUCUGCCCCUGGGAUGUCAUUGGAGGUGGCAAAUUCCAGUCGAAGAAGCAAAUCGAGGCUCGCAAGAAGGCAGGCGAAGGCCUCCGCAGCAUGUUCACCGGCGAGCAGUCCCCGGAGGAAGAGAAGAUCAGUGCAGCGCUCGAAAAAGUCGCCGGCGAGCACGGGUUGGAGAGCUUGUCGACGAUCGCGCUCGCCUACGUCAUGCAGAAAACGCCCAACGUUUACCCCAUCAUCGGUGGUCGGAAGGUCGAACAUCUGCAUGACAACAUCAAGGCCCUCAGUCUCAAGUUGACCGACGAGCAGAUCAAGUACCUGGAGAGCCAGACCAACUUCGAUGUGGGCUUCCCUGGUAACUUUGUCGGGGAGUCUCCCAAAGCGACAGGAGAAAGCUCUUUCAUAGUCGCCACGACAGCCAAGAUCGCGUAUCCGAUUCCAGAGAGGCCGUUCGUCAAGGAGGGCUGAGCAGGGGCAUAUACUGAACGCUCUUGAGCGAGGAGGAGAUGUUGUUAGCUACAGGUAGAUCACAGAGGAAAGGUUACCCGGCACAAAGUCUCACUAGGUGAUCGAUUGUCACUGAAGUUUCAGGCCUCCUACAUGUGCCUGUAAAUUAGGGGGCGCUCAGCCUUGCAUGGCCGCCAGUCAACCUUCGUGUCUGUAGAACAUUCAUAGCACUGUACUAGGAAGAACUGAGACGUACUAUAUUAGAUCCAGAUA